AUGGCCGCAUCAGCAUCGAGCGCGGGCUGGGCACAGCUACGGCAGCAGGCGAGAUCAUUAGAGACCCAGACAGAGAACUUGUUCCAUACGUACUCGCAGUUCUCGUCGGCUGUCAAUAUCCCACCCAAACCAUCAGAAGAGGAGCGCAACACGGAAGCCAAGAUUGAGGAAUUACUCGAGAAGCUAGCGCGGCUUUUCGACUCCGAAACGACACUCACCAACUCUGGCGUCAAGCAGAACAACCUCUCGCUGCUCCGCGAUAAGCUCUCCUCCCACAGACGCGACCUCAACCGCUUGCGUGGCACCCUCCAGCAAGCCCGUGACCGAGCCAACCUCCUCACCAAUGUCCAGUCUGACAUUGACAACUUUCGCGCCAAUAACCCCGAGACUGCGGAGGCAGAGUACAUGCUCGAGGAGCGAAGCCGCAUCGACAACAGCCACAACGUGGCAGAUAGUGUGCUGAGCCAGGCGUACGCCGUGCGGGAAAACUUUCUGCUGCAGCGCGAGUCGCUGGCCAAUAUUAAUCGGCGAAUCACCAUGGCUGCAAGCAAAGUGCCUGGUAUCAACGGGCUCAUCACCAGGAUAUCGGCGAGGAAGAGAAGAGAUGGCAUCAUUAUGGGGAGCUUUAUUGCAUUCUGCUUUCUAAUCUUCUUUUGGUUCUCAUAG